CUGGGCUAUCAUCUAGGGCAGGUCGAUCCUGGUAUUUCAGGCUAACCCUGACGAAGCGUAGCCCAGUUAGCUUUUGCUUAGCUUUAGAAAGAACUAAUAAGCACCAGAAACCUUUACCCUCCGGAGGCCGAGCGCACUGGCCCGGCUGUCUAGGGGGUGGCACAGGUAGGAGAAGCAGGAGGCUCGACGGGAUCCACCGCAGCUGUGGGGCCAGAUGCACUAGGACUUGAGAGGCUGUGGAGGGGGGAUCCUCAGUGGAGGUCUCUUGCCCACUGCUCUAGUCUGGAAGUCCGGUACGUUUGACACUGCACUUCAAACUCUCCUCAGCUUGUUGCAAAAAGGAACCGCGCAGUGUCUGAGCUCCCAGACCACACAUCUGAGACUCAGAAAGAGAGCAGAGGUCACUAACAGGAUCUGAAGAUAUACAAAAAUGCCAAGACGAAAAUGUGAAAAAGUAAGGAGAAGAGACUUCAGGGUGCGUCAACAGCAAGACAUCAGGGUGCGUCAACAGCAAGACAUCAGAGUGCGUCAACAGCAAGACUUCAGGGUGCGUCAACAGCAAGACAUCAGGGUGCGUCAACAGCAAGACAUCAGGGUGCGUCAACAGCAAGACUUCAGGGUGCGUCAACAGCAAGGCAUCAGGGUGCGUCAACAACAAGACAUCAGGGGGAGAGCUCAAAUGCAGUCCUCCAUUACCACAGUCCUGCAUUUGGGGACUCGGCAGGGGUCAGCAUCUGGAGGAUAAUGGAUAAGCCCUGGGAAAACACCUUCGUGAUCCUGGUAUCUCCCUUGCCAGAGCUGCCGUGGGAAUCUGUCUGGAAUAACUGCUCUUUCACCAAUGAGAGCGGAAGAGAAAUGUGCCCUGCUGACCGGAGCCAGGCCAGCUCAUGAGAGGCUUUGGUCCUGGGUCCACACAAGGUGGCAGGUGGGCACGGACAGCCGGCAGGCAGGUGCAAGGACGUCGGUCGAGUUGUGGAAAGACCUCGCCGAGCCGAGGGACUCGGCGGGUCUCGAGCUGGCUGCCUCAGCUUCUGGCCAAGGGUGCUGAUGAUGCUGCGACACCUGGGAGGAGGGAUAGUGGAGGAGGCAGCGGUCCCGGCCAGACGGGCCACCCAGCAACGGGAAGACCGGUGGGAGGGACAAGCCGCUGGCGGCGACGCGGCUUUGGGAGGCAUGGAUGUGAAGGACGAUGGCCUUUAGGUUUUGCCAAGAGCUGGUCCUCGCCGCCUGUUUCGUGUUCUCUCACACCCGCAACCCUGGGAGGCCUGUCGCGGUGAGGCCCAGAGCCUUUUCCAGGCUGGCCCUCUAAGGCUGAGGCGGUGCUAUGCGCCCGUCCUUGGCGUCGUGGUAUAUGGCUGGAGCUGCCAGCUUGCACCGUGCUUGGGGCAGUUCUCAGUUUGGAUAGCAGCACGGGACAGGUCACACGCUGGCUCUCACGGCUUCGGUACACCCCAGAAGGCCACUUGAGGAGCAAGGUCUGUCAUCUUCCUCUUGACCGUCUGUGCACUGCCCCAGCUGAAUGGGGCCGAGUUUGUCUGUUUUCUCUCCCCGAGCGUAAGUUGGGGAGGCCUCAGGCCGGGGCUGCCUCCUGCCUGCCACGGAUUCCAAGGUGGUUCACGGGCCAGAUGGCUGCCAAGUCCUGCUCGGAGGCUCCGGGAGAGAUGCCUCUGACCUUCCAGGAUGUGGCUGUGUACUUCUCCAGGGCAGAAGGGCAGCAGCUGGGCCCCCAGGAGCGGGCACUCUACCGGGAUGUGAUGUUGGAGAACUAUGGGAACGUGGCCUCACUGGGAUUUCCAGUCCCUAAGCCAGAGCUGAUCUCCCAGUUGGAGCAAGAGGAGGAGCUGUGGGUCUUGGAUCUUCUGGGGCCUGAAGAAGCAGAAGUCUUAAGAAGUUGCCAGACAGAUUCUGAGAUUGAGACCGAGAAGGAGCUAUCCAUUUUAAACCAGAAAUGUUCUGAAGAAGUAAAAACACCAGAAUUAGUAUCACAGAAAUUCCUAAGGGCUAAUUCACAAACACCUGAAUCCCAGGAAGCUUGCAACCAUAAAGGUCAGGAAGAAGAGAACCAAGGAAGUUCUACUCAGAGCUUGAAGAGAAUUGCUAGAGAGGACUCUCCAGUAUGUAGGAAACAACUUUCAGAAAAUGCCCAGACUCCUGCACUUGACAGACACUUGAGUCCAAGCCAAAGUGUUGUUACAAUUCAAAGAAGUAAAACAGGACAGAGAGUCUUUACAUGUGACAUAUGCAAUAAAACAUUUAAAUAUAACUCAGACCUGAGUCGGCAUCGCAGAAGUCACACUGGGGAGAAGCCUUACGAAUGUGGCCCGUGUGGGCGGUCCUUUACCCACAGCUCCAAUCUCAUUCUGCACCAGCGAAUUCAUACGGGGAACAAGCCAUUCAAGUGUGACGACUGUGGGAAAACUUUUGGGCUCAAUUCCUAUCUCCGUCUGCACCAGAGAAUUCACACUGGAGAAAAGCCUUUUGGGUGUAACGAAUGUGGGAAGGCCUUCAGUAGAAGUUCCAGUCUUAUUCAGCAUCGUAUAAUCCACACCGGAGAGAAACCUUACAAGUGCACUGACUGUGGGAAGGCCUUCAGCCAGAGUCCCCAGCUGACUCAGCACCAGAGGAUUCACACGGGAGAGAAGCCCCACGGCUGCAGCUGGUGUGGAAAGGCGUUCAGUCGAAAUGCAAGCCUCAUUCAGCACCAGAGGAUUCACACGGGAGAGAAGCCCCACAAGUGCACUCAGUGUGGGAAAGCCUUCAGCCAGAGCUCCAGCCUCUUCCUUCACCACAGGGUUCACACCGGGGAGAAGCCCUACGUGUGCGGUGAGUGCGGGAGAGCCUUUGGCUUCAAUUCUCAUCUCACUGAGCACGUCCGGAUUCACACUGGGGAGAAGCCCUAUGUCUGCAGCGAGUGCGGCAAAGCCUUCAGCCGCAGUUCCACUCUGAUGCAGCACCGCAGAGUGCAUACCGGGGAGAAGCCCUAUCGGUGCAGCGAGUGCGGGAAGGCCUUCAUCCAGAGCUCCCAGCUCACCCUCCACCAGCGUGUUCACACUGGAGAGAAGCCUUUUGAAUGUGGGCUCUGCGGGAAGGCUUUCAGCCGGAGAUCAGCCCUCACUCAGCAUCAGCGAACUCACAUGGGAGAGAGCCCACAGGAGUUUGAGUGUGACCCAGAUUUUGUUUAUGACUCCAGCCAUCUGUCCACGGGAGAGAGACACGGCAGGGCCUUCAGCCACAGUGCAAAACUUGUUCUCCAGUGGACAAUUCAGAAUGAUGAAAAACCCCGGGGAUGCACUGAAUGCGGGAAAGCUCUCGGCGCUUCCUCAGUGGGAUAUCAGAAAAUUCAAGCUGCCGAGAAACCCUAUAAAUGCCAGGAAUGUGGUAAAGCUGGCAGUGGCGUGUCCCAUACUCAACAUCAUGUAACUGAGGUUGGAGAGAAACCACAAUUGAGUGACGGAUCUGAAAGAUACUUAAUUCAUAUCAAAAAGAUUUUUCAAGAAAGACAUUUUUAAUGUGAUGAAUGUGGGAAACAGUUUAGAAAGUUUGUUUUAUAUUAGGUAGGACAGCAUCAUGAAAAUUAAACUCUCAGCCGGGCGGUGGUGGCACACGCCUUUAAUCCCAGCACUUGGGAGGCAGAGGCAGGCGGAUCUCUGUGAGUUCGAGACCAGCUUGGUCUACAAGAGCUAGUUCCAGGACAGGCUCCAAAGCCACAGAGAAACCCUGUCUCAAAAAACAAACAAACAAACAAAAAAUUAAACUCUCA